AUGGCCUCCUCCGCGACUGCUUCCCCGGCCUCCCGGCCUUCCGGCGCGCCCCGGGCCGCCGCAAACGACCCCAUCCUCCGCAACGCUCUGCGCUACACCAUCUCGGCCCGCGAAUAUGCGGCCCUGCACAAGUACGUCCUCUCGCGCUCGCGCACCAUCAAGAAGCGCGCCCCCACUGUCGAGACAGUCACGCGCAUCAUGAACGGCGAUGGCCCUUCCCCAGCAAGGACGACGCCCGUUUCCAAGGACGCCAAGGGCAAGACCAGGGAAGUCGAGGGCCUCAUCCGAGCGCCCGGGCGUGCCGCCAGCGCAGUGGGCGCCGACGACUAUAAUGCGCGCGCCGUUAGGCACUCGGUCCGCGUUUUCGUCGCCACCGGCGUGGCCAUGAAGCUGUGGACAUCCGUCAUGCGCCGUCUCAGCGGCAAGACGCCAGAUCCUUCCGAGAAGAAACCCUUCUACAAAUCGCCUACGCUGCGCCUGUCUCUGUCACUGAGCAGCAUCCUUCUCCUCUAUCGCCUUCUCUUUCGCUUCUUCACUCGCCUCAGACUACACGUGCUCAACCCUUCCGCCGCACCCUUCCGCCAGCGCAAUCCCCGUGUCGCUGACACCCUGACCUCGCCCUAUGCUCCCGCUGUGGGUGCCUCACUGGCCGGCCUGGCCUUGGGCAUCUACCCCUCGCAGCAGCUCCGCGUGUCUGUCGCCAUCUACGCCCUCUUCAGAGCCCUCGAGUUCGGCUGGAACGUUGCCGAAGAUGGCGGCAUGAUCUGGGGCUGGGAGAAAGGCGGGAGGAUCAAGAAGCAACGGCCCUGGUGGUGGGGUAGUUGGAUGCUGCAACCCUUCGCUUUCGGCCAGCUGUUGCACGCCGCCGUCUUCGACCGCGAUUGUUUCCCCAAGCAGUACGGCGAUUUUAUCUUUGGCAGGACGACUGCCUAUCUACACUCUAGGCCCUUGGACUAUCCCGCCAAUCUCAAGUGGCCUCGGACCUACGAUGUUGUCGACGGUCUCGCCCAGAUGGCCAAGCUUCAUUGGCCGCCAUUCAUCUCUCCGACUCUGUUCCCGAACAAGGAGGCGACCCUCCCGGCCGCCCUCUCGGCCAUGGCCCCGCUGACCAACGGCGCACACCCUCUCAUCACUUCGCUCUCGUGCGCGACGCUGCAUCCGUCAGACCCUUCGUGCGUACGGACGUACCUCACCUUCUGGCUCCAGACCUUCCCGCCCCUGGGCCGCUUCUUCCUCAUCCUCUUCUCGGCCCUGCAGCUGCCGCGCUUCCGCAAGCUGUACAACUUCCCCGUCACGACGCUCAACCGGGUCGUUGCGCGUGCGCUGCGCAUGAGCACCUUUGUGACGGGCUCCAUAUCGACGGCGUGGGCCAGCAUCUGCUUCUUCCAGGCGUGGCUGCCGCGGCACGUGCUGGCCACACAGCGCUUCUUCCUCGGCGGCUUCCUGGCGGGCUUCUGGGCCUUUAUCGAGCGGCGGCAGGGGCGCGGGGCCUUUUUGUACAGCGCGCGGGCCAGCGUCGACAGCCUGUGGAAGGUGGGCGUCAAGCGCCGGUGGUGGCGGGCCAUGAAGGGCGGCGACGUGUGGGUCUUUGUCGCGGCCCUGAUGCUCACGGGCGUCGUCUACGAGCGCGACGCCCGCGCCGUCCGCGAGGGCAGCUGGCGCAAGGGCAUUAGCUGGGUCCGCGGCGAGGGCUGGAGGGACUGGAGCGUCGACGACGAGGAGGGGGCCAUGGAGGCCGUCGACGCCGACGAUGCCGCCGAGAGAGAGCUGUAG